AUGGAGAGUCCCUCAUCUGGGCAACGGCCUGCCUCAGACAUCUCGCACAAUGUAGGAGACAUAAUUUCUCCUAUAGAGAGUCCCUCGUCUGGGUCCGAGAAAAAAGCAUCCUUCAAUGUACACAUCGAACAAUUGACGGACCAUCACGAAUUUGUGAAAUGGGGCGUCAAGUGGCAGAAGCAACCAACAUACAUGCUACUGUUCGCACUAGGUGGACUCGUAUUAGCUGUCAGUCAUCAUGCAUUCUAUUCGGCUCUUCAUGGACAGCUCGCUGGUACAAAUUCAAAGCAGCAGUGGGCACACAACAUUGGUAAUAUCUUUGCGGUGUUGGUGGUGGCUAUGUUCCAUACUGCAAAUAUUCGAGCGUAUGAUCAGUAUCUUUGGUCGACGGUACGAGGGAGAGCGUUCAGUGUUGCGAAUCUAGACCGUAUCUUUUCUCUUACUUCCGAUCCGACAAGCUUCUUCAGCCUUGAGAUCAUGCGCAAGGCACCUGUGACUGUCCUGUUAGCACUUGCUUGCUGGAUCAUGGCUUUGGCAGGUGUUCUUCCACCUGGAACACUCACUGUCGUUCCCGGGAUUGUCAAAGAGAAACAGAAUAGAUCAAUGCCGAGCCUGAACUGGACCUCUGAUUCUUGGCUACCAGACCCUUUGUUUUACAAUUUCAGUGGCGGUGCAGACUGGCAGACCCCAACGUCCUUAGUCCUUACGAAGACUGCACAAGUUGCGGAGACAAUGGACCUACUUCCACUCGAUCCGCCCGCGAUCAAUUCAUCAUACAUGAUGCCUAUUCGGGGUCCAUACAUUCAAUGCGAGCCUGCUAACAGUAGCGAGUUGAUAUUCUUCAACUUCUACAAUAACUUGUUGGUUGAAGGCGGGAUAUACAGCGAGACCACCCAAGGUUCCAUGCCCAUUAACAUAUCCGUCAAUGACACAGCUCCUGUCAUGCUCUUCUUUUCAGCUUUUGACUUGACAAUGGCGGCUGAUUGGCAACCUGACAGAUCUUACGAUUAUGUCAACGCAGACAUCUAUAAUGAUUGGGUCGUUCCAAUACCUCCAGACUUUCUGGACAGUUACGGCUACAUGGCCCAUGGCAGUAAACCCAUCGCAAACUCUUCGGUGUACAAUUUUACUGCGCAAAUGGUCCCGAGACAACUUUUUGUGCAAACUUCCGAGACUAGCUUUGUGUGUACACUUGGGAACGGCACACGGGACGUAUAUUUUGACUUCAGCAAUGGAGAUCAGACUAUCACUUACGGAGAUCUUCAGGAAUUCGAACCCUUAUUCGUUCCGAUCUACGGACUUCCCGAGUAUACUUCUGCUGGGCCGAUACUACCUACCAAUUUGGGAAUGUUUCCAUAUGUGGCUGUCUACACUUCGCUGACGAGUAUGUUGAGUGGUAACCUGACAGUAGACGCAGUCUCAGUCUUAACAAAGGCUCUGGACUGGCAAAUAUGGGACACCUCAAGUAGGAUCAUCAAUACCGGCUUAGAGACGUGCGACGACUUUACUCUGAGCUCCUUCAAUCUCCAUCCAGUGAUCGUCAACCAAACUUAUGUAGACCCGGACUCAAACGCUACCACUAUGCCUGUGGGUCGAAUGAACGCUACAUUUGAAGGAGGAUUCAAACCAGCUCCUUGGAAAUGCCGCAAUGGGACCCUAUAG